AAGGGACACGCAUUAGGUGAUCGCGCAUUCGUGAAUCAGAUCUCACCGAGGAUGCAGCGGAGCACAGCUUUCUUGAAUUUCUGAUUAGCAUCUCGAGUUUACGCAAAUCAAUUACCAUCAGUCAUUUCUAGUAAAUGCACACGUUAUUUGUCGUUCUGUAAUGGGGGAUCUGUAUUUCUCGUGUGAUUUGUCGUUUACUUAUAAAGCAUGCCACAUUUUCUCCGAUGUACCUAAUGGACAAAAAUAAUUGAAACAUUAGAAAUCUCGGUGAUUGGUAUGAUUCAACACAUUCUGAUUUGUACAACUCGAGACCGUUCGACUACCUGUAGGAUUUCAUCAAGCGCGUGAGGGAAGCGGUGAUGCCCAGGAGGUAAUGCGCAUUAGUAUAAUGUGACACAAUUCGUUUUUUUGUUUGUUUUUUUUUUUGCAUUCGAACGGAGGUUUCCGCGCACAUCGUGCUAAAUCUGUACCCGUGAAUAUAAGCUAAUGGAACCACCGUAAUCUUAAAGAGAGCGUACGGCACGUUGUUUUCGAGCAGGCGUUUGGAUGCUCUACGUUUAUCCGUCAAAACCCCGUUGAAGAUGUAUAGAACAUGGGGACAUUUCCAGCGAUAUACGCGUACAUAUACCAUACAAGCUCCAUUUGAAUGGCAAUACUUGAAUGUUUGAAUUCGUGAAAUCAUAUGGCAAUAGUUUUUGCACCUGAUGCAAAGCAAUCCGCAAUCGAUCGAUUGAAUAAUCAUUCCUGCAUGAGUGUGCAGAGUGACUAAUCGGACCUGGACAACAAUAAGACAGGAUGGAGACGAAUCAGACACGCGUUUUGACUGUUGGCUCUGAGCUACCAGAAAGCGCUCUGUAGUAAAGUUGCAGUGGUCGAACUACAGGUGCUUUAUGAAGAUCAGGACACAAUCGUUAGUUUCCCCUCGCAGAAAUGCCAGUUCGUGCUGUGACUUCCAGGUUCAUGUACAGGGGACUUUGCUCAAUUCCAGAUAUCCUCUCCUACAGGAGUACCGUCAGCCUCCCCGAGGAUGAAGUGGAGGAAAUCCGUGAAGCCUUUAAGGUGUUUGACCGUGAUGGGAAUGGGUUCAUCUCAAAACAGGAGCUAGGAGUGGCCAUGCGUUCUCUUGGUUACAUGCCAAAUGAAGUGGAGCUGGAGGUGAUCAUUCAGAGACUGGACAUGAAUGGUGACGGUCAAGUUGACUUUGAAGAGUUUGUAGCACUUCUCGGACCAAAAUUGUCUUCAGCUGGUAUGCCUGACAGAUUCCGUGGAGCCGAGUUUGACUCCAUAUUCUGGAAGUGUGACAUGCAAAAGCUGACUGUUGAUGAGCUGAAAAGACUCCUGUAUGACACCUUCUGUGACCAUUUGACUAUGAAAGACAUCGAGAACAUCAUCAUGACUGAGGAGAGUCACUUGAACAGCCCCGAGUGCCAAGUAGAUAUUGACACAAGUCCCAUGCAACAAGUCAAGCACACCUGUGUGCGCAAGAGCUUGAUUUGUGCCUUCGCCAUUGCAUUCAUCAUCAGCGUCAUGCUCAUCGCAGCCAAUCAGAUGCUUCGAAGAGGAAUGCAAUGAACAGUUCUGUUUCUAAAACAAUAACUGACUGAAAAAAAGGAAACAAGGUAAACAUGCAAAAAAGUGUAAUAAAUUCACUAGUUUCUAAUGACCACAGUUUUACAGAAACACCAAAGGCUGCAUUUUCAUUCUACUAUGAACUCAAGGUAAAGACAGACUGUUGUUAGACAGACAAAAUAAAUAUUUAGCCCAAAACAACAUAGUUUAAAAGUGUUAUUAUCAUUAUGAUAUAUUAAUGAUCAUUGUCCUAUAAAAUGUGACAUUUGUUCUUUGGCUUAUGUUUCAGAGUAGACAUCUAUUAUAAUGUAACACAUCAUACUUAAAAGUAUUGUAUUGUAUAGUUGUAAUUCACUUUAUAUCAAUAUCGUGUCAGGGUCUUAUAUAACAUUACACAAUGACAUUGACAAAACUACGCCAACAUGUGACCGGGUCAUGAACCCUACACAAUUUUAGAUCCAGUAGAACCUAGAUUUAUUUUACCAACAUGAUGUCAAACAUCACCGGAUUGAUCUGUGGGGAUAGCAAUGGAUACAGAAUAUAAAGAGGAAAUUAAUUUCUCAAAACUAUCUAUGAGUAGUUAGGCUUAGAGCAAUUUAAAAAGAAAAUGAAUGUACUAGAAAUCUACCAGUAAUAAACUGUGAUGGAAAAUAGAGUUUAAAAUUGGUGACAAUCCAAAGUGUUACUGAAUCUAACCUGUGCAAUUGUCUUUUGUUAACUUGCAAAAACAGUAUUUCUUCCAGUCUUGACUCUCAGGAUUGUUUGUCAACAGGUCUUUUAUUAAAUUGUCAGCUGGCUGUGUGAGAAAAAAUGUUGUGAAAAAAAAAGACUGAAUAUUAAAGGCUAUUCGUAUAGUGUGCCACGUGAGACUAAAUGUUUUUGUCGAUCUUGCAAUAUAACUGUUCUGAGUGUUAAUACAUAUUUGCAUGACGUGUUUCCUAGCAUUUUGAUAACAUCAGUGUUGUCAGUGAAUAAUCAGUCUGUAUCAAUAAUUUUCUUUGAGAACUUGUGGAUUUCAUUGUUCUGGGGUGUUGUGAUCUGUAUAAUGGUCCAUUUAAAAUUUUUAAGUCAUCAUGACAUUAACGUUCACUCAAUGUAACUGAAUUUGUGUCCACAUUAUCUUGGUCAACGUGAAAAUUACAGGUUAAGUUUAUUUUGCUUUUAAAGCAACUUUGUGUUUUUUUUUUUUAACACCUAGAAAUAUAAGUUUCAAAAUAAUUCGACCGAAUGGCCUGUUUGGGUCAAACUCUCCUCUCAAAUGUCUGUUUUGUUGUGCGAGGGUGUGCGGCUACGAAUUUCUGCGAAAAGGGCA